AUGGGAGAUGUGAGUGAUGAAGAGGAAGAAGAAGAAGAAGAAGAAGAGUUCCAAGAAGCAGAAGGGGAAGAGCAGAUAGAUCCUGAAGAGCAGAGGACAAUCAGAUUAUUGAAGGCAAUGAAAGGUGAUCAGUAUAAGGUAAGAGUUGAUUUACCUGUGUAUGGCGGGAAUCUGAAUGAGGAAGAACUACUAGAUUGGAUUGCAGCCAUGGACACUUACUUUGAAAGUGAAGAUAUACCUGAUGAUCAAAAGGUCAAGGUAGCAAAGAACAAAUUGAAAGGACAUGCACCUCUAUGGUGGGACUAUGAGAAGGCAGAGAGGAGAAAGAAAUGA